CAAAAAGUUUCGUUAAUAUUUGUGCUCACGCACCGAUUAAUUUUAAAUUUUAGAUAUUUAUAUACAUAAAUUGUGUCUCGUGUUUUUUCAAACUUUACCUGCGCUGUCAACCAUUUAGGUUAUAGGCUUUGCUGUUACCAAAAUAGAUUAGAAGAUUGCAUUUUGCCAGCCAGGUGUAUUUGUGCCAUUAUCUGAAUAUCUUCAUCAGUGCUGUUAUCAAACAAUAUUAGAAGAUUGCAUUUUGUCAGUAGGUGUAUUUGUGCAAUUAUCUGAAAAUCUUUAUCAGUGAUUGUAUUCGGAAUGGACACAUAGAGCAGCACAAGAAGGCGUUUUGUAUAAUUGUUUGGCCAUAUUGGAUUUUUUUGUCAUUUUAAAAAUACUUCGAAUUUAUUACAUUUGCUGCUGAAAAGUCAAUAAUAAGAUAACUAAAAACGUGAAACAAAAAGAGGUUUUUGAAAUUACAAAUGCCAAAUAAGAGUUCUCAUGUGUGUGGAUAAAGAAAAUUGAGAGAAGGCAUCUCACAGCUCUAAGUUAGAUCAUAACUAUUCUUCUGUUUCGUGUAAGAGUCUAGAAGUAUUAUAUUAUAGAAUAAUGGCGUGCGCAACCCUUAAAAGAUCGUCGGAUUGGGAAUCACCCCUGAAUCAGCGUCCACCAAAGCGUCGUCGUUGCAACCCCUACGGAACGCCUCCUCCUUCCAGCCAUAAUGCUAAUAUGAAAGUGGUUGAACCUAAGCCUUCACCAUUUGGAGAAAUUGAUAGCAAAUUAACUCCAGAAAAAAUGGCUGCUAAUAUUCGCGAAGAAAUACGUCGCUUGCAUAAACGCAAACAAUUGAAUUUCAAUCACAGUCAAAUGAAUUCGGAAUUAGAACAUCAUGAAGAUUCAGCAGGGUCCAGCUCUGGUUCAGAGAGCUGCAUGAUGAAUAUGUCUCCAGUGCCAAGUCCAGAAAGUCAAAACAGUGAAAUUGGCAUACAAAACAAUGAUCUGAACAUGAGACCAAAUUAUGGUAAAAAUCCAGAUAAGGCUCUGUUCACCUUUAAGCAGGUUGGUAUGAUUUGCGAAAAGAUGCUGCGCGAGAGAGAGAUUGAGCUUCGUGAACAAUAUGAUCGGGUGCUGACUGCAAAGCUGGCUGAGCAAUAUGAUGCUUUUGUUAAAUUUACUUAUGAUCAGAUUCAAAGACGCUACGAGGCCACCCCAAGUUAUCUUUCUUGAAUCAGUUUAGAGAAA